AUGCAUGGAAAUUUAAAAGCCGAUUUCCUCCAUAAAUUCUCCGAUCCAAAUGGCAGAGAAGUUUCCAUAUUUAUACUUGCCUCUCUCACUCAAGAUAAGUUGAUCGAGAAACCACCGCCAAAAGGUGUUCAUAGAGCCGGUCCUAUCUCCGAUCUUGGAGGUCCUAGUGGGCCUUAUAACCCGGCGGAGUAUGACCUUCAGAAUAAAUUCCCCCGGGCUUAUAGAAAUCCUUCUUUUGUGUAG